GCGGGGUCGCAGGGCGCCUGGCCCGCCGCGGCGGAGGAUAGGGAGGGGCGCGGCGGGGCGGAGCGGGCCCCGGCGGGCACGGGGCUCCGCGGGCCGCGCUUCUCCGCCCCUGAAGCUGCCGCCGCCCCGUCGUCCGGGAGGCGGUCUUCAUGUUGCUUCCUGCCCCGGGAGCGCGGCCGGCCGGGCCCCCGAGGCUCGCCCUCCGUCGCCGUCCCGCCUGUCCCAAGCUCCGGGCGUGCGAGCCAGGCGGGGCGGCGCCGGGUGCGGGGCGCGAGGUGGGUGAGAGGCUGUCGGCCUUCGGGGAGCUCACCGGGCCGCCGGGGUGGGCGGGGGCCACAGCGGGGAGGCCGCAGACGUGAGACUUGUCAUUACAGAAGCAGCGCAGGUUGUGAGAAACUUCAGAGGCUGAGGGGACCUGGCAGCAGAGCGCGAGGACCAGACGCCCCAGCGAUGACCAGUUCCCCUGUCUCCAGAGUCGUCUACAACGGCAAGAGGAACAGUAGCCCCCGCUCUCCCCCCAACAGCAGCGAGAUCUUCACCCCGGCCCACGAGGAGAAUGUGCGCUUCAUUUAUGAAGCCUGGCAGGGUGUGGAGCGGGACCUGCGCAACCAGAUGUCGGGCAGUGAGCGGGGCCUGGUGGAGGAGUACGUGGAGAAGGUCCCUAACCCCAGCCUGAAGACCUUCAAGCCCAUCGACCUGAGUGACCUGAAGCGCCGGAACACGCAGGACACCAAGAAGUCCUAAGCCACGCUGGUGCCCCUCCCCUGGCCUCUGGAAGAUCUGGGUGCAGCCUCCUGCUGGCCUCCUCCUCUCCCGUGAGCCCAGCUCCUGGGAGGGGGAGGGGGUCUUGCUCCAGUAGGCUGAAAACCCAAGACCAGAACAGGCAUGAUUGGUGGCCCAGGCCUGCCCCUCCUCCCUGAGCCCCCUCCUUUCCUCUUGGGGGAUCUCAAGCUACCCCUGACACUAGGAGGGCCUGGGCCCUGCCAGCCCCUGCCCUCCCUCAGGCCUGGCUGGAUCUUUGGAGCUGCCUGGCCCUGUGUGCCCCCCAGGGCCUUGACUCUGACUCCCAUCACCUUCCCCUGGUCCCACCCCCUAUCCCUGGCCGCUUCCAGGAUCAGGAGGGAGGCGAGGGGGCCUUUGUUGUCUCCUGUGCUGGUGGGACUGGGCUGGGUUUGCGCCUGGGGUGGCCAGGAGGCAGAACAAGGGUGGUGACACUCCCGCCCAGCAUGGGUCCCCCACUGUACCCUGUUGCAUCUCUGGCCUGGACACGAGGAGUGUCUGACUCCUACCCCAUUGUCCAACCUGGCCCCUUCUUUCCCUGUGUCAGCUUCAGGAUGGCACCAGUUCUCUAGGCCUGGGACACUCCUGGGUGCCCCCUCCAAGGACCUUGGGCAGCCGGGCCUGGCCUCCCCUUGGGGAGGGGCGUGGGGCUGGCCUGAACUGGCAAGGCUACCCAGUGGGUCCUGCCCUGUGCGGUGAGUUGGGAGGGUCUUCAGGGCCAUUUUUUUUUCCUGUGCCCUCCAAAUCCAAGUGUCUGACUGGAACCUGAGGACAGUGAAUAAAGGCGGGGUGGCAUUGGCUUGGC